AUGAAAUCAGCUUUGGCCACCUUGGGAAUUGCCCUUCAAUUUUUUGUGGCAUCCGUUCACGGCCUUCUGGGCCCUCAAAUCCAGUUAUCCGGUGGAGACACCAUCAUCGGUAGCUACGAACUCGAUAACAACCUUGAAUCUUACUUGGGUAUUCCUUUUGCGGCUCCACCCAUCGGAGAUUUGAGAUUCAAGCCGCCCCAGCCAUAUACCGGGAGCUUGAACGGCUUCAAUGCCCUGACCUACGGUCCAUCGUGUCCUCGAAUGAACCCAGUGGCGGAAUUCGUCCAUACCAUUCCAUCGGAGAUUGCGAGCUUGGUGAUGCAAUCUCCGUUGUUCAACGAAGUCUAUCCCCAGUCUGAGGAUUGUUUAACCCUCGAUGUGUACAGAAAGAGAGGUCUCUCGUCUACCGCGAAGUUGCCAGUGAUGUUCUGGAUUUUCGGUGGUGGUUUUGAACAAGGUGGUUCCAGAGAUUACCACCCACAACACUUGAUGGCGCAGGGAGCCCGCCAAGGCCAAGACUUUAUCUACGUCUCUGUCAACUACAGGCUCGCUGCCUUUGGGUUUUUGGGAGGAAAGGAGGUUAAGGCCGAGGGUAGUGGCAAUGCUGGGUUAUUGGACCAGAGAAUUGCCUUACAAUGGGUUGCCGACAACAUUGCUGCGUUUGGUGGUGAUCCAGACAAGGUCACCAUAUUUGGCGAAUCGGCUGGGUCCAUUUCCGUGGGCCACCAUAUGGUUGCAAACAAUGGUGACAACACCUAUAAAGGCAAGCCAUUAUUCAGAGCCGCUAUCAUGCAGUCUGGGUCUGUUCUUCCAUCUGACGACAUUGAUUCGGCAUACCCACAACAGAUCUUUGACGCUGUAGCCAAUGCUGGUGGUUGCGGUACCGCCUCCGACAAGUUGGCAUGUUUGAGAGGUCUUUCUUACACUGACAUGCAAGCUGCGAGCAACUCUGUUCCUGCAAUGUUUUCCUAUCUGUCAUUGAAGUUAUCCUACAUUCCAAGACUGGACGGUGGUUUUAUUCCCUACCAGCCGAUGCAGAUGGUUGCCGAUGGAAAGUACGCGAGAAUUCCGUAUAUCAUUGGAGACCAAAAUGAUGAAGGGACUGUUUUCUCCCUCUCUAGCUUGAACGUGACCACUGAUGCCGAUGCAACAGCGUAUUUUAAAAAUAUGCUCUCCGGAAUCCCGUCCUCCUUGAUGGAUCAGUUCUUGACGUUGUACCCACAGAAUGUCACCCAGGGUUCUCCGUAUGGUACCGGUAAGAAUGAUACGUUGUCGCCUCAAAAUAAGAGAAUUGCAUCUUUACUCGGUGAUAUCGUAUUCCAAGCCCCGAGAAGGUUUAUGCUAAACCACACUCCAGACGUUACCAGAUACACCUUUAACUCUCAGCAAUUAAGGGGUCUCCCAUUUAUCGGUACGUUUCACUCAAAUGACAUCAUCUGGCAAUACCACAUCACCGGUUCUGGGUCCUUGAUUUACCGUAAUGCGUUUAUUUCGUUUGCCAGUACCUUAAGUCCUAACAAAGGUGGCUUUCAUACCUUAACACAUUGGCCACAGUACCAGAACACUAACGCUCUUACCAACAAUAUGAUGUAUAUCGGCCGUGUGUUUCUUUCCACCGGAAAGGAUAACUACAGAAAGGAGCAGAUGAGCUUCCUCAACGAUAACUACCAAGAUAUGUUGACUUAA